UAUACCCUCCUUACCUUCUUUACCCCAUUCUUUUGACUCCAAACUCACCUCCUUUCCCUCACCACCCCCCCCUUCCCUCUCUCUAAAAACGUUCAUGCAUCCAACUUUCUUUCUCUCUCUACCUCUCUGCAAGAAACUGGAGCUAGCUCUUCUUCUCUCUCAUCAUCAUCUCCCUUCUUCUCUCUCAUCAUCAUCUCCAAUGGUCGAGCUGAAAUGAAAGUCUAGAUAUAGAGAGAGAAAAAAGCCUACUAGCCUCUCAAAUUCCUAAGAUGACGGUGACUCACAGUACCUCAAACGCUCUCAGAUUCCUCUCUCUCCUCUCCCUCCUCCUCUUUCUCUCUCUAAACCCCUCCUCCUCUGCUUCCCUCUCCAAGGACUCGCAACAGCUCUUGAGCUUCAAAUCCUCACUCCCCAAUCCAAACCCACUUCCAGAUUGGCUCCAAAACGACUCCCCUUGCAACUUCACCGGAGUUUCUUGCACGAACUCCAGAGUCUCAUCAGUAAACCUCGAUUCUAUCCAGCUUAGCACCGACUUCUCAUCCGUCUCCUCGCUCCUGCUCUCUCUCACCAACCUGGAGUCUCUCUCUCUAAAAAGCUCGAAUCUUUCUGGCUCAAUCACUUCAAUAUCCAAAACCCAAUGCAGUUCUGUCCUUAUUUCAGUAGAUCUGGCUGAGAAUUCUCUCUCCGGUCCAAUCUCUGAUAUACAGAGCUUCUCCCCCUGUUCUAGCCUGACCUCUCUGAACCUCUCUCAAAACUUCUUCGACUUCAACCUCGCACCCAAAGCCCUUUCCGACGGAUUGGGAUUGAACUUCACCACCCUGGAUCUUUCCUACAACAAGAUUUCCGGCCAAAACGCCGUCGCUUGGCUACUCCCCAACGGCUAUGAUAAUCUCCAGUACUUUUCUUUUAAAGGAAACAAAGUCUCCGGUCAAUUUCCGGUCACAAAUUGCAAGUCUUUGGAGUACUUAGAUCUCUCGGCCAACAAUUUCACAGCUGAGCUUCCUUUGUUUACCAACUGUUCUUCACUCCAACACCUCGAUUUGUCAACCAACAAGUUUUCCGGUGAAAUAGUUGGUUCUCUCUCCUCCUGCAAGAGCCUCACUUUCUUGAACUUGAGCUACAACCUGUUCUCCGGCGACUUCCCGGCGUUCUCCGGCGGGGGGAUACAGUACCUGUACCUCGCCGGCAACAAUUUUUACGGCGAGUUAACGGAGAAUAUAACUGGGUCUUUGUGCUCGAGUCUGGUGGAGUUGGAUCUCUCGUUCAACAAUUUGUCUGGCUCUGUCCCUGAAUCUUUGGGUAAAUGCUCUGAUUUGGAAUCUCUUGUUAUUUCCAACAACAACUUUUCUGGUGAGUUAUCAAUCAACACCCUUUUCCAGCUGUCGAAUUUGAAGCACAUUUCGUUAGCGGUCAACAACUUUGUUGGUUCUCUGCCUGAUGAUUCUUUCUCAAACUUGACAAAUUUGGAAACUUUGGAUUUGAGUUCCAAUAACCUUACCGGGUCUGUCCCUACUAGUAUUUGUCAAAACCCUGGUAACAGCUUGAUGGUGUUGUACCUUCAGAACAAUUACUUGACCGGUCCGGUACCGGAGAGUUUAAGCAAUUGUUCUCAAUUAGUUUCGCUUGAUCUGAGCUUUAAUUUCCUCACCGGUACAAUCCCAUCAAGCUUGGGAUCUUUGUCCAAGCUGAAGGAUUUGAUGCUGUGGUUGAAUCAGCUCGAAGGAGAAAUCCCACAGGAGCUGAUGUAUUGCCAGUCACUGGAGAACUUAAUUCUUGAUUUCAAUUUCUUGAGUGGUACAAUCCCAGCUAGUUUGAGCAAUUGCACCAAGUUGAACUGGAUUUCCUUGUCCAACAACAAGUUGGUUGGGGAAAUCCCGUCCUCGUUCGGGGGGUUGUCGAAUUUAGCUAUCCUCAAACUCGGGAACAACUCGAUAACUGGGAAUAUCCCGCCCGAGCUUGGGGAUUGCCAGAGCCUGAUUUGGUUGGAUCUCAACACCAAUCUCCUGAAUGGGACUAUCCCACCUGCUCUAUUCAAGCAAUCUGGGUAUAUAGCAGUUGGGUUACUCACAGGAAAGAGGUAUAUCUAUAUCAGGAAUGAUGGGAGUCAGGAAUGCCAUGGAGCUGGGAAUUUGCUUGAGUUUGGGGGUAUAAGGCUAGACCAACUGGGCAGGAUUUCCACAAGGCACCCCUGCAAUUUCACUAGGGUGUAUGCUGGAAUCACACAGCCCACUUUCAACCACAACGGAUCGUUGAUUCUGCUCGAUCUAUCGUACAAUCUCUUGGAGGGUUCCAUUCCUAAGGAACUCGGGUCGACGUACUAUCUAUCCGUGUUGAAUUUGGGGCAUAAUGAUCUUUCAGGUCCAAUCCCUCCGGAGCUUCAGGGGUUGAAGAUGGUGGAUAUUGUUGAUCUUUCGUAUAACAUGCUAAACGGGUCGAUCCCACAGUCUUUAACUAGCCUUGCAUUGCUUGGGGCCAUUGACCUUUCAAAUAACAACCUCUCUGGGAUGAUUCCUCAAUCGGCUCCGUUAGAUACCAUGCCCGCUUCUGGGUUCUUGAAUAAUUCCGGGCUCUGUGGGUAUCCACUUCCGAAUUGUGGGUCUAAUUCUGGCUUAAAUUCGAGCGGGCAGCACCAGAAGUCUCACAGAAGAGAAGCGUCGCUAGCCGGAAGUGUGGCUAUGGGGUUAUUGUUUGCCCUGUUUUGCAUCGUUGGUUUCAUUAUAGUUGCUGUUGAAACAAGGAAAAGGAGGAGAAAGAAGGAAGAGGCCAUUGAAGCUUAUUUGGAAAACAAUUCCCAUUCGGGGAAUGGUUCCGCGUGGAAACUAACCGGUGCGCGUGAAGCUUUGAGUAUAAAUCUAUCCACAUUUGAAAAGCCUCUUCGGAAACUCACUUUCGCGGAUCUGCUUGAGGCCACAAACGGGUUCCACAACGAUACCCUUAUUGGGUCAGGCGGAUUUGGGGACGUUUAUAGAGCGCAGUUGAAGGACGGAAGCGUUGUGGCGAUCAAGAAACUAAUUCAUAUAAGCGGACAAGGGGAUAGGGAAUUCACUGCAGAAAUGGAAACGAUAGGGAAGAUCAAGCACCGGAAUCUCGUUCCCCUCCUUGGAUACUGCAAAGUAGGAGAGGAAAGGCUUCUGGUGUACGAGUACAUGAAGUAUGGGAGCCUUGAGGAUGUUUUGCACGAUCGCAAGAAGAUAGGGAUCAAGUUGAAUUGGAGUGCUCGGAGGAAAAUCGCUAUAGGUGCCGCGAGGGGGUUGGCUUUCCUCCACCACAAUUGCAUUCCGCACAUAAUUCAUCGUGACAUGAAGUCUAGCAAUGUGUUGGUUGAUGAGAAUUUGGAGGCUAGGGUUUCGGAUUUUGGAAUGGCUAGGCUCAUGAGUGCAAUGGACACUCACUUGAGUGUCAGUACAUUAGCUGGGACGCCCGGUUAUGUACCACCCGAAUACUAUCAGAGCUUUAGGUGUUCGACGAAAGGUGAUGUUUACAGUUAUGGGGUGGUUCUGUUGGAGUUGUUAACGGGAAAACAACCUACUGAUUCGGCUGAUUUCGGUGAUAAUAAUCUUGUGGGGUGGGUGAAGCAACAUGCCAAAUUGAAGGUCAGUGAUGUUUUUGACCCUGUGUUGAUGAAAGAGGACCCAACUUUGGAAAUUGAGCUUUUACAACACUUGAAGGUGGCUUGUGCUUGUUUGGACGAUCGGCCCUUCCGGCGACCCACAAUGAUUCAAGUCAUGGCAAUGUUCAAGGAGAUCCAGGCGGGGUCCGGGAUCGAUUCAACGUCCACGAUCGCAGCGGAUGAUUCAAGUGGUGGUUUUUGUGCAGUAGAAGGAGGAGGGGUGGAAAUGAGCAUAAAAGAAGACACUGAACUUGGCAAGUAGUAGAUGGAAAUUUGAAGUAAUUUUCUGGAGAGUUUCUUUGAAAGAAGAAGGCAAAAUUUUCCCCCCCAUCUCCUUUUACUACUUUCAACAAUGUCAUAAAAAGCUGCCUUUGUAUUUGUAGAAUCAGUUGAAUGUAUGUAAAAUUAGUCCCUGAUAAAAUGUUGUUACACAUAAAGGGUUGGUUAACCUUGUUGUAAAGCUGUACAUAAAUAGCUUUGAGUUUUGUUUUCUUGUUUAUGUGCUUAGUUAUGAUCUAUUGGAAGGGAACAUUGGAUUCAGAUAUACUGUAGUACUUGAAAGAGGCUGUUGGAUCUGUGGCCUCAGUGAUCUGUGACUCAAGUGAAGGGUGUUGUUCUUUUGGCCUUUUACUUUGGGUUAAUUCAUGUACUUCCUUCAUUUCUUCA